GGUGCCAGGUGGUGGGGAGGAGGCCCCGGGACCUCACACGGGAAGCCGGGGACGGCGGGGCUGCACCGUGUCGGCCACGACGCUAGGCCGGUUCCUCAAAGGCGCAGCCUCUGUACGGAGCGGGCUGCGCCGCGUGUGUCGCCCCGUUUGUGGGGGUCGCGGAGGAGGGCUUGUGCGCUUGCGCGUUUCGCGCGCUGAGCCUUGCGGGAGGGGCAGUUCUCUGGUCUAGCGUGUGCGCAUGUGCGCGUGUGCUAGGGCGCCGCGGUACCUGGGCGGGGAAGGGCGGGUGCAGUCGCCCGCCAGACAGACAGACUCCGUUCCACGUUCUGCAUUCAUCCUCUUUAGGUUCCGAACUGCCCUCCAGUCAGGUCCAUCACUGCAUCUUGCUGUAUCUUCAGAGUUGUCUCCGUCUUUCCAAGAACAGAACAAAAUGAACAAGGUAGAACAGAAGUUCCAGGGAUCGGUAUCAUUUAAAGAUGUGACUGUGGGCUUCACCCAGGAGGAGUGGCAGCACCUAGACCCUAGUCAGAGGGCUCUGUAUAGAGAUGUGAUGCUGGAGAACUAUGGCAACCUUGUCUCAGUGGGGUAUUGUGUUCAUAAACCAGAGGUGAUCUUCAGGCUGGAACAAGGAGAAGAGCCAUGGAGACUGGAGGAAGAAUUCCCAAGCCAGAGCUUUCCAGAAGUCUGGACAGCUGAUCACCUGAAACAGAGGAGCCAAGAAAACCAAUCUAAACAUGUGUGGGAAGUUGUAUUCAUCAAUAAUGAAAUGCUGACUAAGGAACAAGGUGAUGUAAUAGGAAUACCAUUUAAUGUGGACGUAAGCUCUUUUCCUUCCAGAAAAAUGCUCUGUCAGUGUUACUCAUGUGGAAUGAGUUUCAACACUGUUUCAGAACUUAUCAGUAAGAUAAACUAUUUAGGAAAAAAGUCUGAUGAAUUUAAUGCCUGUGGGAAAUUGUUACUCGAUAUUAAGCAUGACGAAACUCAUACUCGAGAGAAAAAUGAAGUUUUGAAAAAUAGGAACACACUGAGUCAUCAUGAGGACACUUUGCAGCAUGAGAAGAUUCAAACUUUAGAGCACAAUUUUGAAUACAGUAUAUGUCAGGAAACCCUCCUUGAAAAGGCAGUAUUCAAUACACAGAAGAGAGAGAACGCAGAAGAGAAUAACUGUGAAUAUAAUGAAUUUGGGAGAACUUUGUGUGAUAGUUCAUCCCUCUUGUUCCAUCAGAUAACUCCGUCAAAGGACAAUCACUAUGAAUUUAGUGAUUGUGAGAAGUUCCUAUGUGUGAAGUCCACCCUUUCUAAACAUCAUGGGGUAUCUAUGAAACGCUAUGAUUGUGGUGAAAGUGGGAAUAAUUUCAGGAGGAAAUUGUGUCUGUCACAGCUUCAGAAAGGUGAUAAAGGAGACAAAUCCUUUGAAUGUAAUGAAUGUGGGAAAGCUUUCUGGGAGAAGUCAUAUCUCACUCGACAUCAGAGGGUGCACACAGGAGAGAAACCCUUUCAAUGUAAUGAAUGUGAAAAAGCUUUCUGGGAUAAGUCAAACCUCACUAAACAUCAGAGAUCACACACAGGGGAGAAACCUUUUGAAUGCAAUGAAUGUGGGAAAGCCUUUAGCCAUAAGUCAGCCCUCACAUUACACCAGAGAACACAUACAGGGGAGAAACCCUAUCAAUGUAAUGUGUGUGGGAAAACUUUUUGCCAGAAAUCUGACCUCACUAAACAUCAGAGAACACACACAGGGCUGAAACCCUAUGAAUGUUAUGAAUGUGGAAAAUCCUUCCGUGUGACUUCGCACCUUAAAGUACACCAGAGAACUCACACAGGUGAGAAACCUUUUGAAUGCCUUGAGUGUGGGAAAUCCUUUGGUGAAAAGUCAAAUCUUACACAGCAUCAGAGAAUUCACAUAGGAGAUAAAUCUUACAAAUGUAAUGCAUGUGGGAAAACUUUCUACCACAAGUCAUUACUCACCAAGCAUCAGAUAAUUCAUACAGGGUGGAAACCUUAUGAAUGUUAUGAAUGUGGGAAAACCUUCUGCUUGAAGUCAGACCUCACAGUACAUCAGAGAACGCACACAGGGGAGAAACCCUUUGCAUGUCCUGAGUGUGGGAAAUUCUUUAGCCAUAAGUCAACCCUCUCUCAACAUUAUAGAACACACACAGGGGAGAACCCCUAUGAAUGUCAUGAAUGUGGAAAAAUCUUUUACAAUAAAUCAUACCUAACUAAACAUAAUAGAACACAUACAGGGGAGAAACCCUAUGAAUGUAAAGAAUGUGGAAAAACCUUCUACCAGAAGUCACAACUCACUCAGCAUCAGAGAAUUCACAUAGGGGAGAAACCCUAUAAAUGUAAUGAGUGUGGAAAAGCUUUCUGCCAUAAGUCAGCUCUAAUUGUACAUCACAGAACCCAUACACAAGAAAAGCCCUAUAAAUGUAACGAAUGUGGAAAAUCUUUCUGUGUAAAGUCAGGACUUAUUUUCCAUGAGAGAAAGCACACGGGGGAGAAACCCUAUGAAUGCAAUGAAUGUGGGAAAUUCUUCAGGCACAAAUCAUCACUCACAGUACAUUACAGGGCUCACACAGGAGAGAAAUCUUGUCAAUGUAAUGAAUGUGGAAAAAUCUUUUACCGUAAAUCAGAACUUGCUCAACAUCAGAGAUCACAUACAGGGGAAAAGCCCUAUGAAUGUAACAAAUGCAGGAAAACUUUCUCUCAAAAGUCAAAUCUCAUUGUACAUCAGAGAAGACACAUAGGAGAAAAACCUUAUGAAUGAAAUGGAUAUUAGAAAUUUCCAGCCACAAGUCAGCCUCCAUAAUGCCUCAGAGUAUUCACACUGUGGAGAAAGCCCUGUUGACAUCCUGAAUGUUCAGUAACUAUCCACAAACUCACCUUAAGUUAUUCCAAAGUAAUAGUAGGGGAUAAACCCAUAAACUACAACAAUUAUAGGACAGCUUUUGUUAGGAAGUGAUAUUCUGUGUAAUAUCAGAUGGUUAAUACAGGCAUAACACCUUACAGAUUUUUUUGAAUUUGUGAAAAUUUUUGGCAGAAAUACAAAUAAGAUUAUGUUAGAAUUUACACUGAGCAGAAAAUUGUCAAUUUAAGACAUCUAAAGUGAAAAUUUUGCUUAGAAAUAAAAUAUGACAAGUUCUGUUUUGAGUUUGAUGCCAUAAUAGUUUUUAGGGCACCUAACAAUAAUUUAUAGAUGUAUAUUGUGGAAUGUAAAGCUUUAAGAACUUAAAAAAAAGUAAUAAUUAAAAUAACCUCACAAGAAGUUUAAUGAGUAGAGAGAAUUCCCAUGUACACUUCACCAAACUUCCUCUAAGGAUAAUAUACAAUCUUAGUAUAUGGUCAAGUCCAAGAAAUCGAUGUUACCUUGCUAGUAGAUACAGACUUAGUCAGAUUUUACGAUGGUUUGCAUGCACUCUGUGUGUGUGUGUGUGUGUGUGUGUGUAUGUCUGUGUGGUUAUAUCAAACUUUUACCACUUCUACAUUUGAGUAACCAUCAACAUGAUUAGUUUACAGAACUGAAAAGGAAUCUGAGAUCUGUACUGUAUCAGGAUUACAAAGGAAUCAGGAUUUAGCCUCAAGUAGUUCCCUUAUUGUAUUAAUAACCACACCCUUUCUGCAACCCUAUCCCUUGCAUCCACUUGACUAUGAAGCUUUUUUUAAAGCACAGAUAAAUUGAAUAAUCAGGGCAAUAGCAUUAAGCACAUCUGCGAAUUAUCCCUGAAGUUCAUAGGACUUACAUAUGUAUAAGUGGUAUGUGAUAUAAAUCGUGUGUUUCAUAUGUGUAAUGGAAUUUAACAUAAUUGUGAAUAGGAAGUAGGUAUCUUAGUUUAGUAGUGGUUACAUCAUCAGGCCCAUCCCAGAUGUUUGUCAUGUCCUGAAACAAUUUAAAAGGAGACCCACAGAGCUAAUGUUUAUCCAUUUAAAAGGUAUAAAUCAAAAUAACAAAUUAUCUAAAAAAAAAUCUAUCCUGUACAUGUGAAGAUCUAGGCUUGCCUCCAUGUUACUCCCUUUCUCUUCCUACCUGUGGCUCAUCCCAUGCCAUGAAGUGCCUAGGGUACAUAUGUGAACAUUCCAGCCUUCAGCGUAAGUGAUAGUCCAAAUUUUCUUUAAGCAGCUGCUCUCCAAGACAGGACCCUGGAAAGAGGCCCACACAUAUGGCCCAGUUACUGCCCAGGGCUGUUGGACUGUCAUUUCAAGGCUCAUUGUACCCAGACAGGGAUCUGGGCCCUCAGAGACUUUUGAGAACAUGAAGAAGAGGGUUGAGGCUGGAGCAGAGCCAGAAUCAAGCUGGCAUGGGGCUUUUAUUGACAGUGUGAAGAUUGUAUACUAUAUUACAUGAUCAGAUCAUAGAAAUAAUCUAAGAUUAUACAGUCCGGUGAUCCUAGAUUACACAAGUAAUCUAAGCUUCCACUUUAGGAAACUAGAAAAAGAAGAGCAAAUUAAAUCCAUAGUAACCUGGUAAAACAUUAGAGUAAAAAUCAUUGAAAUUGAAAAGAGAAAAUUGAUAAAACCCAAAACUGGUUCCUUGAAAAGGUCAGUAAAAUUGAUAAACCUCUAGCUAGCUUAAGAAAAAACAGAAGACAAAUAUUGCUAAUACCAAAAAUGAAAGAGGCCAUCACAGCUAAUCCUGUGGUCACCAAAAGGAUUAGAAAGAAACAUGGACAACUCUGUCCAUAAAUUUGAUAACUUAGCUAAAAUGGACCAAUUCCUUGCAAGAUGCAUUCUCUCAAAGCUCACACAAGGUAGACCUCAAUAGGCAUAUAUAUCUAUUAAAUAAAUCAAAGCAGUAAUUAAUAACUUUCCAAGGCCGGGUGCAGUGGCUCACACCUGUAAUCCCAGCACUUUGGGAGGCUGAGGUGGGUGGAUCACGAGGUCAGGAGUUCGAGACCAGCCUGGUCAACAUGGUGAAACCCCGUCUCUACUAAAAAUACAAAAAAUUAGCUGGGCAUGGUGGCAUGCGCGUGUAGUCCAAGCUACUCAGGAGGCUGAGGCAGAAGAAUCACUUGAACCCAGGAGGUGGAUGUUGCAGUGAGCCGAGAUUGUGCCACUGUACUCCAGCCUGGGUGACAGAAUGAGACUCCAUCUCAAAAAAUAAUAAUAAAACUUUCCAAAACAAAGUGCCAGGACCAAAUGGGUUCACUGAUGUGCUUUUUUUGAGAUACUUAAGGUAGAAAUGAUACCAAGUCUCUACCAUCUCUUUCAGAAAAUAAAAGCAGAGAUAACACUUCCCAACUCAUUUUGUGAGGCCAGUAUUACCCUAAUACCAAAACCAGGCAAAGAUACUACAAGAAAGGAAAACUACAGAUCAGUAUUUCCAUUGAACACAGAUGCAGAAAUCCUCAAAAUAUUAGCAAAUCAGGAAUGCAAGGCUUGUUCAACAUUUGAUAUUCAGUGUAAUCCAUUGCAUGCAUUAGCAGCUCAAAGAUGAAAUAUGAUCACAUCAACAGGUACAGAAAAAGCAUUUAACAAAAUCCAAUAUGCAUUUAUGUUAAACCCUCCCAACACAGAAGGAAUACAGGAGAACUUACUCAAGUUGAUAAAGAACAUACUACAAAAAACCCUACAGCUAACAUCAUCCUUGAUGUUUCCAACUUGAUGCUUUCCUACUAAGAUCAGGAACAUGGCAAGGAACACCACUGCUUUUCAGCAUUGUACUGGAAGUGCUAUCGAAUGCAGUGAUAAAAAAAAAAAGGAAAUAAAAUGCACAUAGAUUUGGAAGGACGAAAUACAACUGUCUUUGUUCACAACAUGAUUGUCUUUGUAGAGAAUUCUAAAUAAACAACAAAAACCCUGCUGACAUUAAUAAGCAAUUAUAGCAGGGUUGCAGGAUACAGUCCUCAGGUAGAUGAUAAAAAGGAAUUAGACAUCAAGUCAUUAAAAGACAUGGAGAAACCCUAAAUGCUUAUUGUUAAGUGAAAACCAAUCUGAAAAGGCUUUCUAUUUUGUAUGAUUGCAAUUACAUGACAUUCUGAGAGAGGCAAAACUAUUGAGCCAGUGAAAGGACCAGUAGUUGCUGAGAGUUGAGGGGAAAGGAGGGAUGGCAGGUAGAGAGGUGAUUUUUAGGGCAGUGAAAGUACUCUCUAGGGUACUGUAAUUUGUCAAAACGCAGAGAAUGGAAAACAGUGAAUGGAAAAUACAGAGUAAACCCUAAUGUCAACUCUGGACUUCAGUUAAUAAUAACGUAUCACUGUUGGCUCAUUAAUUAUAACAAAUGGACCAUAAUGGUGCAAGAUGUUAAUGAUUGGGGAGCCUGUGGAAGAUGGGAGGGGAAAAGGUUAUAUGAGAAUUCUUUGUACUUUUUGCUCAAUUUUUCUGUACCCCUAAAGCUACUCUAAAAAAUGAAGUGUAUUAAGUAAAUAAAUAAAUAACCAACCAACC